AUGGUCAAUCUCAAGCAACAAAAACGACUCGCCGCCUCCGUCGCUGGUGUCGGUAAGAGAAAGAUCUGGCUCGAUCCCCAAGAGGCCGCUGAGAUUGGACAAGCCAACUCUCGAUCUGGUGUUCGAAAGCUCCUCAAAGAUGGUCACAUCAUCAUCAAACCCACCGUCAUCCACUCUCGAGCCCGAACUAGGGAACACGCUGCCGCCAAGCGAGCUGGUCGACACACCGGUUUCGGUAAGAGAAAGGGUACCGCUGAAGCCCGUAUGCCCACCAAGGUUCAAUGGCUUAGAAGAAUGAGAGUUUUGAGAAGACUUUUGAAGAAGUACAGAGAAGGUGGAAAGAUCGACAAGCACCUUUACCACACUCUUUACCUCGAAGCCAAAGGUAACCGAUUCAAGAACAAGCGAGUUUUGAUGGAACACAUCCACAAAGCCAAAGCUGAAGUCAUCCGAACCAAACACCUUGCCGAACAACAAGAAGCCCGACGAGUCAAGAACAAGGCCAUGCGGGAGAGAAGAGCUCAACGACUCGCCGAGAAGAGACAAGGUAUCACCGAAGUCGAGCGAGAAGAAGAAGUCAAGGAGUAG